UCCUUCUCUCACAAACAGGACGAGACGCGAGAGGAGAGGGUCAUCUGUCAGUCUGCUUGCUUGCUUGUUUUUUUGUUUAGUCAGUGAAUGUUGUUUAUUUGUUUGUUGUGCCACAGUGACAGAUCAAGAUGUCAGGACAAAACAGUGAUCAACUGCAUCGCACCACUCUGGGCAUUUAUACGAGCAUAAUAGAGCAGUUCAACCCGAGCCUGCAGAGACUGGUGGCACUGGGAAACAGCUACAUUCAGGCUUUCCAAGCACUUGCCGCCACCAGCGAGUCCUAUUUCAAUGCUCUGUCUCAGAUGGGUGAACAGGCCAUGCUGAGCAGAUCGUCACAUUUACUGGGUGAUGUGUUGAUACAGAUGUCAGACAGUCAAAGGAGACUCACCAACGAGCUGGAGGGAGUGUUCCGCUGGUUUCACUCAGAGGUCCUUCAAGAGAUGGACAACAAUGUCAGAUUGGAUAAAGAUUACAUAUCGACCAGCAGAAGGCGAUAUGAAAUGGAGGUGAGAAACCAGGCAACAGCACUGGAGAGACAGAUGAGGCGAGGGGUCCCGCAGGACGGCAGUGAAUAUGUGCACUUUCUCAAGGAGUGUCAGAAGGAGGCGUUAAAGGAGGAGGAAAGGCGAUAUCGAUUCCUGGCGGAAAAACACUGUGGGCUGACCCAGUCUAUUGCUCAUCUCAUGAACAAGACAGGGUGCAGCCUGCAAAACAGAGCAGAGGGGUGGAAAGAUCUGGUGGAUCACACAAGAGAAUCCCAUCCACGCACUCCUUCACGACUGGAGGACAACAUUCCUGAUGUUAACCGCUGGGCGGAGCAGCCGCUGGGCACAGUUCCCUCUAGAGGCCCCUCCCCUCAGCCCAGUCGUUCCAACUCAACCUCAGGACAGGCUGGAGGAAGAGUGAUGCGUGCGCUGGUGCCACACCCACCUUCUGCAAACUCCACCCUUCUGCCGUUCGCCAAAGGAGAAAGCAUCACACUUCUCGUCAAAGAGCCGAGGAACGGCUGGCUGUUUGGACGUGCCGACAGCUCUGGACGGCAAGGCUGGUUCCCUGCUGCUUACGUGGGCCUCACAGAUGGACCACCUGGACCACCUGUCCCCAGCAGCAACUCUUUCAGAAGAAGCAACAGUAUGAACAAUCUCCUAGACCAGCCCUUCAGCAGCAGCCAACAAGCAGCUCCACCUGCGCCUGCUCCUCCACCACCACCACCUCCAUCAACCAGAUCCAGCAGCUCCAGACCGGUCACUCCAACUCCUUCAGAAAACAGAAGACAGGAUAGCUACGAGUCUCGACCCACACUUUUUCCAAGAGGCACAAAUCCAUUUGCCACAGUCAAGCUGAAACCCACCAAAACCAAUGACCGAUCAGCUCCACGCAUAUGAAUACUUCAUCCAAUGGCAGAUCAGCGCCUCCACAAUUAUUCAACAGCUAAUCAGCACCGCACAUUUUACUGUACAUUGUUUCCACCACAUUCAAAAGCAUUAAUUUUCCAGAAUAAUCAGAUCAAAGCAUCACAUUUGAGACAAUACAACUCAACAAUGAUCAAUGAGCAGUCGUAACGUACUUUUAUCUGCAGGCUGUUGAAGAAUUGGAGGCAGCAAACUCUAUUAAUAACACUCUUUUAUAUGCAAUGGGCCCCAUAAAGUAUCUGGACAACUAAAUCCAUGCGUAAAAGGUGUGAAUUUUGUGGUGUCGAAUAAUCAAACAAGUACUGCAGGUGGCCUUUAGUUGAUGUUGAAGCCAGAUCAGAAGUUCACGCAGGUGUCCUGUUAGAUUAACCACAGGUGCAGUUUAUCACUGUAAUUAACGACAUUUUGCACUAAUGGAGGGUUUCAAAUGUAAUAUAUUGCCCUCUGAAGGGAAUCACGGAGUGAAAACAAUGAUGGACCCCAUAUUUAAGUGUCCUUUUAAAGCAAAGUGCUCAAAACUGGCCACUUCGAAGGGCCCUUUGAAAUGAAUGAUGCUUUGCGCAGGGAAGUGUUUUGACAUCGAACACCCCAUCAAAGGGAUUAGGAUACAAGGAUGAGCCCUUCUGAAGGGAGCAUGCUACAACAUUAGAUUUUUAUGAUUUGAAAGCUAAGAAACGUUAAAAAAGCUCUUUUUGCUAAAUGUUUGGUUUGAAAGGAGUGAGAAAUGUUGAUUUUUGAUUAAAUAAAUGCACUUGGUGUAAUGUUUCCUCAUUUUUUUAAAUGCAAGAUAACUCAAACACAAGUGCUUAGAUAAAUGCAUCUGAGAUACAUAUACACAGAGAUGUAUAAAGUACUAGAGACCCAGACUUAAGUAAAAGUACAAGUACUCUAUCAAAAAGUGACUUGAGUAGAAGUAAAAGUGCUCUUUAAGCACCAUACUUAAGUGGAAGUACUAAAGUAUUCAACAUUUUUUGUACUUAAGUAUUGCAAGUAGUUUAUUUCAAAAUUUACUACUCAAGUACUGAAAGUAAAAGUACAAGUAUUGUGUAAUGUAGUUAUUAAAGAAUGGAGUCAAAAGACAUCAUAUUGUUUUGUUUAUUUUAAAUCUCUUUUUUGGGGGCACGUCAUUAAGCAGAACGAAAAGAAACAUGACUUACAAUACUGUUUUUCUCUCACGCUUGAACCACAGAUCUGACAGAUUAUGAUAGCUUUAACACACACCUUUCAAAGUUGUGUGUCACAAAAACAGUCCAUAAUCCACUCAAAACGCUAUUGAAACCCAUUUUCGGAGCACAAUUUACUGGUUGUAAACGCUGUAAACUAACGUUCUAAUUCACUUGAUUUUGAUUUUAUUGUAAAAAAAAGAAAACGUGUAUAUUACUGUGUUAAAUGAAAAUCUGAAAUAUUUUAUGGCUUAUGGCUAUGAUUUAGUAUUCAAAAAUGUUUCAUUUUGAUUAUGUUUUAAUUAAAUUGGUCUUAAACUUCAUAUUUUUCAUAUUUUUAUAGUAUAUUUAUUCAUUCUGGUACUUUUACCAUAAAACAACAUCUCAACCAUUUGGUAGAGGCUGAUAUUUUAGAAAUUAUGGGAUGUGUUGGGGGAAAAUGUGUUGAUUGUGUUAACUAGUGACAUUAGGAGUUAAGAAAUGCAAUAAAUAAAAAAAUUCUAUUGUUUUUUUUCUUGGUUUGACAGUUAAAUGGUUACUUGUAAUAAAAUUGUGUCCUUUAAUACAGCAGUAAUAUAUAUGAACUGUACCCUUAAUUUGACCCGCUCAAAGAAAACACUCUUUCUGAAUGUAUCAAACAAAACUCAUGCACAGAAGACAGAAUGAGCAUUUAUUGCAAAUAAACUAAUGUAAAUA